AUGGGAAUUCAAGGCACAGAAGUUGCCAAAGAGAGCUCAGAUAGUGUGAUCAUGGAUGACAACUUUGCAUCAGUGGCCACAGUUUUGAAAUGGGGAAGAUGUGUUUACAAUAACAUCCAGAAGUUCAUCCAAUUCCAGCUCACUGUCAAUGUUGCUACUCUUGUGAUCAACUUUGUAGCAGCAGUUUCAGCAGUUGAAGGGAACCAUCCGCGUGCACCCAUCAGUAUCUUGAAGGAAGGAAGCCCCCAGGCUGGAUGCAUAGGGGUUGAAUAA